AUGUCCCUUCUCCUCGCUCUCGCCGCCUGCUCGCAGCCCGGCCUGAAGGCCUGCGGCGCGGGCUUCGACCACUUUCCAUUUUGCAACCACUCGCUGCCGCUCGAUCAACGCGUCUGGGACUUGGUCAGCCGGAUCGACGACAGCGUCAAGCCCAACCUCCUCACCGCGCGCGGCCACCGCAUGCACACCGGCGGCCGGCAGGCGCUGCCGAAGCUGGGCGUGCCCUCCUACUACUGGGGCUCAAACUGCCUCCACUCGUCCAUGUUUGCCAACUGCACGACCGACGGGCGGUGCAGCCAGUCGUUUCCCUCCAACACGGCAUGGGCGGCCACCUUUGAUCGGCGGCUCAUGCGGCAGAUGGCCGCGGUGGUGGGGCGUGAGACCCGGGCGGGCUGGAACUUGGGUUCCUGGCUCGAUGACGGCCUCAAUGGUGCUGGCCUCGACUGCUGGGGUCCCGUGCUAAACAUGAACCGCGACCCGCGGUGGGGCAGGAACGGCGAGGGCGGCGCCGAGGACCCGUACCUGAUGGGCCAGCUUGGGACGGCGUGGACGCGCGGGCUGCAGCAGGGCGACCCGGAGAUUGCGCGCGAGGCCGCGAGCCAGUACACGCUGGUGGCCGUCACGCUCAAGCACUUCGACGCCAACUCACUCGAGGACAGCGAUGGCUUCACGCGGCACACCGUCGACGUGAACGUCAGCCGGCAGCUGCUGACCGACUACUACUGGCCGGCCUUCCGCGCCCCGAUCCGCGAGGCGGGCGCCCUUGGCGUGAUGUGCAGCUACAACGCCGUCAACGGCCUGCCCGCCUGCGCGUCGCCCGUGAUGAAGGCUGCGCGCGAGGCGUGGGGCUUCCAAGGGUACGUCACCUCGGACACCGACUCGGUCGCGGACGUGUGGAGGGCGCACCGCUACAAGCGCACCGCGGAGGAGGCGAGCUGCGUCGCCCUCCGCGAGGGAGGCACUGACGUGGACUCGGGGAACACUUACUACCACUCCCUGCUGAGCGGCGUCCGCUCCGGGCGCUGCUCCAUCUCGGACGUCGACCGGGCGCUCUUCAACACCUUCCGGGUCCGCUUCAAGCUCGGCCUCUUCGACCCAAAGGCAGGCAACCCGUACUGGCAGCUCGGCGAGGCGGACAUCGGCACCGCCGCGUCGCGAGCGCUCAACCGACACGCGGCCGCCGCCUCGCUCGUCCUGCUUCAGAACCCGACCUCUCGGCGCGGCGGCGGGCCCAUCCUGCCGCUCGCUCCGGGCAAGCGGAUCGCCGUCCUCGGGCCGCACGCCAACGCGACCCGCGCCCUCAUCCAGGUGGACACGGGCAAGGUCUGCGCCAGCGGAGGCUUCGAGUGCGUCACCUCGCCGCUCGCGGCCCUCGCGGACCGCAACCCCGACGCGGGUACGGCGUACGCCGAGGGCUGCGACGUGAUCCUCAUGGGGCGCCAGGGCUUCUCGGCGGCGCUCGCUGCGGCGGAGGCGGCCGAGGUGGUUGUGCUCGGGCUGGGCGGCACCUCGUGCGGCUCGUGGGGCGCGGGGCGCUGGGGGAAGCGCGACAAUGCGCCCCGCCACUUGCACUGCCGCCCCGCCAACGCGACCAACGGCAUGCAGUGGGCCGAAGGCGAGGCGCACGACCGCACCUCCAUCGACUUGCCAGGCGAGCAGCAUGCACUCGCGGCGGCGGUGCUCGCGCUCAACAAGCCGACGGUCCUCUUCCUGCUCAACGGAGGCAUGGUGUCCGUGGCGGAGGAGCUCCGCCACGCGAUCAACCCGCCGGCGCACGGGCUGGGCCGCACGUACCGCUACUACAGGGGGGGCGUCCCGCUCGUCACCCCGUUCGGGCACGGCCUCUCCUACACCACCUUCGAGCUCGCGAUCGGGGAGCCGCGCGGCGGCUGGACCCUCUCCACCGCCUCGGCCACCGCGCUGCACGUGAGCGUCGUGCUCACGAACGUCGGCCCUCGCGAGGGGGACGAGGCGUACUUUGCGCCGCUGUCGCUCGCCGCGCCCGGCGUGCCCAACCACCCGAUCAAGGCGCUCUGGGGCUUCGAGCGCGUGAGCGACCUCGGCAGCGGCGAGUCGGCCACGGUGACCUUCUCGCUCGGCGCGCGCGACCUCCAGCUCAGCGACCUGAACGGAGACCUCGUGCUCGCGCCCGGCAAGUACAACGUCACCUUCGAGAACGGCGCGGGAGCCGUCGCGGCACGCACCGUGACGCUCACGGGAGAGAGGCGGAACUAG